AUGAUAAAGGAAGAGGAGAGUGGAAGGAGCCCUCAAUGGACCGCAAGUAGCGACUGCGACUACUCCCAUGAAGAACAAGCAGAGUCAUGCGCAGACCAGAGCUGGCUGAGCCUGCUGACUGAGCAAUCGGAAGGCAAGGCUGACGUGUCCCUUGGUGCACGCAAAGGGGCUUUGUUCUACUUAGAAGCCCCAGAAGACGUCAGUAACAACUCGACAAGAGAAGAAGAGAACGCGAGAGAUGAGAUACCCUUGGCAGCCCAAGUAAUGGGCGAAAUCGACAAGAUGUACGCCGAACUCGGGCAAAUUGGCAUGGAACUCGUAACCGCCCAUGACAGCGACUUGUCAGCAAGGUGA